GUUCCAGUUGAGUUUGGUUAUAUCAUUCUUAAUUCACCCGCGAAAGAGAACAGACGCAUUUCCGAUACGCUCUUCAUAUUCAUAAGAAUUUACCUUCACCUCGCUGUUGGCCUAUUUUGUUUUCUCGAGACAACUUUCUUCCCGACGCGGCCUCGAAUUUCAGGCGACUAUUCUGAGAUGGAUCAACAUCUCCCAAGAAUGGUCACCCCUGAUGGGCCGGAGCUGGAAGACAUGCCACAGCAGUGCAAGUCAGGACCCCAGGUCACCUCAUGCCUGGGUGACACACUGAAGGACACCCAAGGCAAGGACAGCUGUGGGCCUUCUCCUAUCCAGGAGCUGGGCAGGGAGUCCAGUGAGAGUGAUCCAGAUGUGCCCAGGGUCCCACCAGUUGAGACUCCAAGCAAGGAGACGAAUGAGAACAGUGAUGAUCAGUCACUCUGCGGCAGUGGCAGUGAACAGCCCUCUCUGACCUCAGUGGCCUCCAUGCUGUGCUCCAGUGACAUGCCGGACAGCUGUGGGUCUGCAGUCAUGGGCAUCACUGACGCUGCAUUCAAGGACAUGGAGGCUUCCACUGUCCACAGCUCUGACCUUCCACUCCAGCAUCAGGGCUCCAGUGUGGGGAUGGACUCCACAGUCCCACCCCUCCAGCAGACCUCCGUGGCAGCUAAUUUGGGCUCUCCUGGCCACUCUGAGGCAGGCCCAUGCCCAAAAGUCCUACAAGCCCUGGAGCAGCAUGGGGACAGCCUGCAUGAGCAGCUCCACCGACACUUGGAGUUCCUGGGCAUGGCGUCCAGUCUCCAAGCACAGCAGACCACCUUGCAUUAUGAGGAGCCACCCUCCACAGAGCAGCAGGGCUGGCUGCAGCGUCUACGUGACUGGCUAAGGCGCUCCAGGAAAUGGUUGAGGAGCCUGAGGAAUUGCUGCUGGAGGAGGAGGAGGAACAGGGACGAGCAGGAGCCUUGCCCCGUCACCCAGGAGAAGGUCUGUGGCUCAGAGGGCAGCAUGGGAGAUGGCGUGUGGCACACACGAGCCUGUAACCGCUGGAGGCUGCAGCAGUUCCAUCAGGUGCUGCAGGACAUGGACUCCCAGGUCCAGGAGAGAAGGGCCUGGGUGCGGCGGGAGAUGGAUGCCAUCACCAGAGAGGCACCAGUCAACUGAACAUGUGGGGCCAAUUCCUGGAUCCGGACCUGUCUUUGCCUUCUGGAAGUAAAGAGGGAGACAAGGGCCUAUUUUUAUACCACUAACAAUAAAAUUGCCAAUUUAAUCUA